GCCCACCCUGUUGGGUUUUGGUCCCGACUUUGUCGUGUUCGGCUGCUUCCGAGAAGCAGUGUGCUCCCCCACAGCAGAAUUAUCUUGCCUGGACGCCCCGGGCCCUUUCGCCGUGGCCUGAUUUUCUCUUCAACAUAGUUCUCACCGACACACGUGGGUACGCCGCUCGUCUACGCCAUGCACCAGUCGCCGCCAGGCUCGUCUGGAGGAUCUCCACAGGCUAUGAUUCCGCCGGCCAACCCGUUUGCUCACAUGCCGUCGUCUAUCCGCACCACAACCUUGACCGCCCCGUCCAUGGCCCAGGGCGAAGCAAGGUCUCCCGGCUACGCUGCAAACUCCUAUUCUCACUCGGCAGCGUCCAGCACGGCCUCUGGCAGUCUGCCCGAGAUGCAAAGCCAUGACACGCCGAGCUUCGGCAUCUCGUCGUCGCAGAUCUCGUCGGCCAACUUGAAUGCUCAGAAGCGAGCGUACCGGCAGCGGAGGAAGGAUCCGUCGUGCGACGCCUGCCGGGAGCGGAAAGUCAAGGUAAGCCAACUGGAGUGGCGUGCUGCGAGAGGGAGCUGAGUGCGCGGGGGUAGGAGUCUUGACGUCGUUGUGCGUUGUUGCGACAGUGAUCGACUUCUCUCGCUGUGACAUUACAGGGACGCUGUGCGUGCCGUUGCUGCUUCGACUCGUCGCCGUCCGGAUGCUGACUGUUC